GUCUAAAGGAGGACAUGCUCGGCCAGUGGGUCAGCAGUGGAAACCAGGGAACGAAGUAUUCUGCCUGCAACUGCACCGACGGCAUCCAGACAUGUCCGCAGACAAACUACAUUCCCCCUCACCGAAGGACCUUCUCCACCCGGACAGUUUAUAACCUGACAGGGCACAACGUGGAGACCUACAUUCUGGCAACCACCAAAGACUUCCUACAAAAACGGUAUGGUGGCUGGAGCUUCGGGCUGCCUUUGACAACAGAUCUCCAGUUUGAUAUCAGACCGGUGCCCCCCAACAGAACACUGACUAAGGUGUGGUAUAAUCCCGAAGGUUAUCACAGCCUCCCAGCCUAUCUCAACAGCUUGAACAACUUCAUUCUUCGAGCUAACUUGCCAAAAAAUGAGACUUCCAGAUACGGUAUUUUCUUAUCAGCUCACCCAUAUCCUGGAGGACAGAGUCAAGAGCAAGUAAUGCUCAACAGCUUGCUCGACAUCAUCGUUUCAAUGUCUGUUUUGGUUGGCUACUCUAUCACAACGUCAAGCUUCGUGCUCUACGUGGUAAAAGAACAUCAAACCAAAGCCAAGCAACUGCAGCAUAUUUCAGGCAUCGGGAUGACAAGCUACUGGGUGACUAACUUCGUUUAUGAUCUGGUACUUUUUAUGGUCCCUAUUGGCCUCUCAGUUGGAGUUAUUUCCUCCUUCCAGAUACCAGCUUUCUGCAACAACAAUAACUUACUGGCAGUAUUUCUUCUGCUGUUGCUCUUUGGAUACGCAACGUUUUCAUGGAUGUACCUGCUGGCUGGGUUUUUCAAAGAAACAGGAAUGGCCUUCAUCGUUUAUGUCUGCGUCAACUUGUUCUUUGGCAUCAAUACUAUCAUUACUCACUCGGUUGUAUUUCUGCUCUCCCAGGAAAAGGCCACGGAUCAGGGCUUGCGUGAUCUCGCUGAAAACUUAAGGCAUGUGUUCCUUCUGUUCCCACAAUUUUGCUUUGGCUAUGGCUUGAUUGAGCUGUCACAGGACCAGGCGCUGCUGGGCUUCUUAAAAGCCUAUGGAGUGGACUACCCUGACAAAACCUUUGAGUUCGACAAGACCACAUCCAAGCUGUUUGCCAUGUUUAUCCAGGGCACCGUGUUUUUUGCCAUUCGUCUUACAGUUCACGACAGGAUGGUUCAGAGAGUCUGGAACAACAUGCUAGAGUUCCUGUUUGACAGAGUGCAUGGCAAAGCAUCACUCCUGCCGCCCACGGCUGAAGAGGACGGGGACGUCCGGGUGGAGAGGAACCGUGUGGAGUCUGGCAAAGCUGACUUCGACGUGGUGCAGCUCCAGAAUGUGACAAAGAUCUACCACCUUCCUCACAAACGCAUCGUGGCUGUGAAAAACAUCAGCCUCGGGAUUACUGCUGGAGAGUGCUUUGGCUUGCUUGGUGUGAACGGGGCCGGGAAGACGACCAUCUUUAAGAUGUUGACGGGCGAUAUUGGAGCAUCCAGCGGAAGGUUGCGCGUCCAGGAUCAUUCUGGGUCCUUGAAUGACAUUAGUGAGGCACACUGGUCACUCUUUGGCUACUGUCCUCAAGAAGAUGCCUUGGAUGACCUGCUGACAGUGGAAGAGCACAUGUAUUACUAUGCUAGGCUCCACGGCAUCCCCGAGAGAGAGAUCAAAGGAGUUGUACUCCAGCUUCUCCACCGCCUGAAUCUGAUGGCCUACAAAGACAGAGUCACCUCCAUGUGCAGUUACGGCACCAACAGAAAACUGUCGACAGCUCUGGCUCUCAUUGGGAAGCCAUCAAUUCUGCUGCUGGACGAACCGAGCUCUGGAAUGGAUCCAAAUGCUAAACGCCACCUUUGGAAAAUCAUCAGCGAGGAAGUGCAGAACAAAUGCUCGGUGGUACUCACAUCCCACAGCAUGGAAGAGUGUGAAGCCCUCUGUACCAGGCUGGCUAUUAUGGUGAACGGGAGUUUUCAGUGCAUCGGCUCUUUGCAGCAUAUCAAGAGCAGGUUUGGAAGAGGAUUCACUGUGAAGAUGCACUUAAAUAGCAACACAGUUAGCACCGAGAUGCUGACAGAGUUCAUGAAGUCACACUUCCCAAACACAUGCCUGAAGGAUCGGCAUUUCAGCAUGGUGGAAUAUCACGUUCCAGUCUCUGCAGGAGGGGUUGCAAAUAUCUUUGAUCUCCUGGAAGCCAGCAAAGCAGCCUUCAAUAUCAGGCACUUCUCAGUGAGUCAGACCACGUUAGAGGAGGUUUUCAUCAACUUUGCCAAAGAUCAAGCAGACCCUGACGGCGUGGAUGCGGGUCCUGACGUGACGCUGGACACCUCCGACACAGGCAGCCAAGAUAGCACCAUGAACGGACGUAGAACCAGUGAGGAUUUCUCCAAGCGUUGA